UUUUUCGCGUGCGUUUCCCGCGCUUUUGUAGAUGCCAAGCCCCAGGGCAGUCGCUCGCGGAUCGGCGCGUCAGACGCACGUCCCGCGUUUCGUUUAUCGAAUCAGUAAAAAUUCGCUCUUCGGGUACCAGCACUAUUCUCGUAGCUGUGACUGAAAAUGUAUAUUUAGACAAUUUAUUUGUGAAGGAUAAAUUAAUACCGAGUGUGACAGUGUAGAUCCGAUUUUUUUUAGUGUUCAGUGAUGUGAAUGUGGUGAAGAUUUUUUUAAUGUGAUUUACUGCGAUUUUUGCGAGACUGAGAUAAAAGGAUUCAUCUAAAGGGCAAGGAUUUUGAAAACCAAAGAUUCUAUGAACUACUCUUGAUUUUGGAUGUGAAGCGGAAAGAGCUGCGAUGACCUAAGAUCGAAAAGAACCUUUUACAAAAUGAAGAACUGAGAAAAAUCGAAGAUGCGUAAUGAAAUUCUGUUUCAAAACUUCAACGAAGAGGCGGUGAAGAAGAAAAUGUGUACUAUACCCAAAAGUGUUAUUUUCAAUAGUUUAUAAAGUACUUGUAAUAAUGUGCGAAGAUACCGAGUCACUGAAAUACACUGCGUGUAAGGUUGGCGGCCGGAUUGUCAGUGAAACGGAGAUAAAACGAGCCAGAUAAAGGCCACCCCAUAUGGAUCGCGAAAAUUUCACCCACCACGCGGCAGUGAACGCGACUGUCAACGUGACCACCAACGGCACAGUCGCGGAGACAGACGACGAUGACUUGACGCAGAGCAUAUUCUUCAAGCUGAGGAUCACGGUGUUGCUGCUCAUCGUCAUCAUGGCGGUGCUGGGCAAUAUGCUGGUCAUAGUCAGUGUUAUGAGGCACAGGAAACUCCGCGUAAUAACCAACUACUUCGUGGUCUCCCUCGCGUUCGCCGACAUCCUAGUGGCCAUGGUGGUGAUGCCGUUCAACUUCAGCGUCCAAUUCUACAACAGCUGGCUCUUCGGACCAACGAUAUGUGACCUCUGGAACUCCUCCGAUGUGUACUUCACUUCCACGUCGAUUCUACAUCUGUGUUGCAUAUCGGUGGAUAGGUACUACGCUAUUGUGAAGCCCUUGAAGUAUCCUAUUAAGAUGACGAAGAAGAUGGCAUUCAUCAUGUUAGCAGCAACAUGGUUAAGUCCAAUUACGAUAUCCUACGUCCCAAUAUUCAUGGGCUGGUACACAACCAGCGACCAUCUAAAAGUCCAAAAAGCCGACGAGUGCGAAUUCAUAGUCAACAAGCCAUACGCAGUCAUAUCCAGCUCAAUAUCUUUCUGGAUUCCUUGUACCAUAAUGCUGUUCACAUACUACGCUAUAUUCCGAGAAGCGAAUCGACAGGAGAAAAAUCUUCACGCCAGAGCUGGCAAUGCUAUGCUCAUGCAUAGACAUUCUCGAGAAGUGGGCGACAAAAAUGGCGCCUUACACAUAAACGCCACCACUCCUACGAAGGAUAGGAAUAUCCUCAAAAUGAAGAGAGAACAUAAGGCAGCCAGGACUUUAGGCAUUAUCAUGGGAGCCUUCAUCCUCUGCUGGUUGCCUUUCUUCCUAUUCUACGUGUCAACGUCAUUGUGUGACUCGUGCCGGUGUCCCGAAGUCGUCACAGUGAUCAUGUUCUGGACUGGUUACUUCAACUCAGCGUUGAACCCAAUCAUUUACGCGUAUUUCAAUAGAGACUUCCGUAAUGCGUUCAAGAACACUUUAGCUUGUGCGUUCUGCAGUUUUUGUAGGAGAAGUGCUUCGGACCUUGAUGCUCUAGAGCGGUUAGAUAGGAGAGGUUCAGCGAACUUGAGGGUGCCAGUACCUUCUAGGAGAACAUCAGACCUAGCAUCGCUUUGAAUAUCGCCAAAGUGUGAGGUGACCACGGUUUGAGAGGCCUAGUGUAGUCUCAACGAAAUAUUUAAGGACAUACGUGUACUUAUUCCCAAAGUUGAUGUGAUUUAUUUAGAAUCGUCGAUGUAUAAAUAAUUUUGUAUAGAAAAAUAUACGUACGUGUCGUGUUAGGUAUGAAUUUGUAUAUCCUGUGAAAAUUAAUACAGAAACUGUAAUGUAACAUAAGUAUAACACACAAGAAACACAGUUUUUUGUAUUCUUUUUUGCAAAUGAAGGAGUAGAUAAUUAAAUUGUAUUAAAUCUGAUAGUAUUGAAUAACUAUCAAUUCUAAACCAAAGAUUUUAUUUUUUCUACUUCUGAAAAUAUUUUUGGUUUAGGAUCAGAAUUUCAGCACAAACGGACAUGUUUCCUUUAUCAUUUUUACGAAAUGAAUGUUUAACAUAAUGUUUUUAUUCUAAACUCACUCUAUGUUUUAAACAUUGAACCUAUACAUUUUAUUUUACCUGACCCAUUUAAGCAAAAUAUGUAGAUAAGUAAUUAAAACUUAUAGAAAAAAUAUUAAAUGAGGCUAAAACGAACGAAGUCUACUUCAUCGAACUUUUUCGUGAAACGAAAAAAAUAUAAACAAAACUCUGUAAGUAAUUAUAGAGCAAAAAGGAUCAAAUUGUAAAUAUGUAGUUAUUAAUUAAAAUUAACUCAUUAACGCGUAUAUAUUUUUUUUACUUUAUCUCACGUAGUAAUUUUUUAUAUUUGUCUGUUAUUAAUUUUAUUUUUCUACUUUAUAUACCAUUUUUUUUACUUUUUCUCAUCUGAAUUUUCUUGAACAACAUAGUAUAAAAAAACAUUAUUGUAUGAUAGAAUCAUUCCAUAAUAGAACAUUUUAAAGUCAUUUUCUGAUAAAGUACAUAAUGUAGGCUGUUUUAUAUUUACGGGCCUAAAUAUAAGAUAUAACUAAUUUUAAAAGAGGCCAAAGUGUUGUAAAUAUUUAAUUAUUAGAUUUUAAUGUAAAAUUAAAUAAAAUAAAUUAUUGUUAGCUGUAAAAAUAUCUAUAUAGGCCGUAGUUAAUUUAAGUAAAAUAAUUAUAAAAAUAUGAAUACAUUUUCAUUUUUCACCAGCAACUAAAUAUUGACUUUGGAAAUAGUAAUAUAAAUCGUACAGAAUAAAAUAAUAAUUUUAAUUUUGUAAAAUAAUAAUUCAUUUUUAAAACAAUGAAUAGGUUAUCUUGACUUAACGAAAUAUAGUCUAAAAGUGUUAGAAAAAGUCAAUAAUUAGGUGUUUUUAUUUUUUCUUAAUAACCAUUUAGAAUAAAUAAGUUUCAUUUAAAAUAUAAAUUAAUUUAACAACAAAACAUGAAUAAAUCAUACGUAAUUAGACUUUUUUGUAAAUAGUAUUUAUCGAAUAGUCAGUCUUGUAGAUAGAAAAUAGUCUUAAAAUAGUAUAAUAUCAGUCAUCUAGUAUUAAUAAUAACGAUUUUAUUUAAAUUAAAAUAGGAAGAUACUAUAAUGGGGACAAAUAACGCUUCAAUAGAGAAAAAAAGGAUUUUUAAUAUAAUUAUUAUUGAUGUGCUACGGUAAAUAACCAACCUAUUAGAUUUGAUGUGUUAGUGUUGUGUCAAAACUCAUCGAUUAAAUAUUUAUAGAUAAUUACUAACUUGAACUAAUAUUCAAGGCACUGUCCGCUUCCCAGUAUUGUAGACAUUUUCUCCAACGAUUUUGAUUAUUUUGAAAGUAUUUUUUAUUGAAACUUAAUUAUAAUUUUUGAUUGGUGAAAAAAAUCCUGUCUUAUCCUAACGACACACAUGUGUCUUGAUGUCCCAUUUCUACUAAAACAAUAACUGUUCAAGGCAUUACACUUUUCACAAGUUAAAUACAAGUCGUGAAAGAAAUCAUGUACUAUAUGAAAAAAGGUUUUAAUCUGUCCUUUUUUCGGAUUCAAUAGGAUUUUUACCACUAUAAUAUUUAUUACGUACACGGUAAAAUAUACCUACCUGAUAUUUUUUUGAUUUUGUCUGUAGAUAAAAAAAUCUGUAUUAUAGUCCACAGUGGCUACUUUUUGUUACCUCUUGCGUCCAAAGAUAUUACUAUUAUAAUAUUCAUUUCUGUCGUGUCAAUGUCCAUGUUAAUCACAUUAGCUUGUAUUUUCGCGUUCUCAUAAACUGUUGGGAUAUUGUUGUUUGAAAAGGAAAACGUAAUGUUUUGUUUCCUAAUAAAAGCCAAAAAUUGCUAUUGUUUUAAAUGGAUUUUGAGUUUAUCGUAAUAUGUCGUUAGUAUACCUAUAAUAAAAUAGAAAUUAGAAUUUAAUUUCAAAAUGUGUGUGACACAAUGGUCAUUCUAAUAAUUUAGGCAGAAAAAAUUAUGGUCAAAAUAAAUGAAACUGUUUUUUUUUAUUUCAAACAACAAUUUCUAUAUUCGCUAUUGUAAAUUCAAUGUGUCUUCCUUUUGAAUAAGUAACAUAGGCUCAAAGUAUAUGUAAAAAAAUAGAAAAAGAAAAUUUUAGCAUGUAAAAUUUUUAGUAAUCCAUAUACUAUAAUAUAGCCAAUUUUUAGUGUUUAUAUGUAGUAUGUGCAAAAUUGUAAAAUAGCACGUACGGGCUGUAAAUGUAAAAAAAGUAAUAAUAAAUGGUUGUGACUCCUAAUAGAUAUUACAACUAACUUUCUAACAAUAUUAAUCAUAUCUGAAAACUUAAUUUCUUCAAUUUAACCUUUUUUUUUUAAUUCUACUGUACAUAGUUUGGUAUAUAAAGUACAAUACCUACCAAAAAUACAUAAAUUCGUGUUGAUAAGUUAAAAUUGUUCUUCUCCUAUUUUUCUUUUCAAAUCCGUCCAUUAUUUUUUGUUUUGUUUUAAUCUGUUUUCCACUAGUUCGAAACCUAUUAGCUUGUUGUGAUUUCAGAAAAUAAAUGUGUUAGAAAGGAGAUUGGGCAAGAAUGUAUCAAGUUUGGUCCAAAUGUCCACCACGAACGAGACCUAUAUAAUCAAAAUAGUCCACUUAAUUUAGAGUAACUUUUACUAAGAAAGUAAAAAAAAACAAUGCCAAAAAAAAGUUAUAGCCAAAAAUGUAUUCUUCAUUUUCGGUAGUUUUUGUAUGUUAUCAUUAUUAUUUUUUAUUUUAUUCCACUUCUAUUUCCGCACUUUAUCUAAAACUAAGAUGAGUAAGACACAUUUGCAUAUAAACAGCCCAUAUUUUUUUGCCCGAUGGAUGAACGAAUCACUAACCAAUUGAGGCGCCAAAAGUGCUUGAAUAUACUCAGCGGUGCCUGGAUCUAAGAAAGUUCGAUGUAACUAGCGGUGUCUUCUCUCUAAUAAUGAACAAUUCUAUUUUGUCAGAAAGUACGAAAAUCGAACAUCACGAAGAGUAAUUUAAAAACUGAAAUUGAUAAAAUCUAUGCAAUGAGUUUUUUGAUUUUGCUAUAACUUUUUUCUGGCAUUAUAUUUUUUUUUACUUUCAUAACAAAAAAUGUUCUAUAUUUAACGGGCUAUCUAGCCAUAUAGGUCUCGUUCGUGGUGGACAUUUGGACCGGAAUCGCCCAUUGUCCUUUGUAGACGAAUAUCAAUGUGGAAUUUCAAAGAAUAAUGUACAUAAAAUCAAUGUUUGUCAGUUUUUAAAGUGUAGAUAUAUUAAAAAGUAUAUUAGUAUUUAUUUUACAAAAUAGUUGAAUCCACUAGAAUUUACAGUAAAAUAGAUAAAAAACAGCAAUAUUAUGUAAUUUAAAGAAACCAUUAUGUGUAAUAAUAAGUAGAUCUGUGUAUAGAAUAGAUUUCUUCAACGUGAAAUCUUUGCAUCUCAUAUAUUUAAUUUAUUACAUUUUCUAUGCAAAUGGUUGUUAGCAAAAUGUUUUAAUAGUUUUUUUUUAGAAAUUAAUUGAUGUUUUAAACUCGUUUUAAUGAUUUGUCUGUUGUAUCCUACGAUACUGUGAUAGUAUAUCAUUGUUAGUGAAUUUAAAAUAAACGUCAUCACAAAUCCUAUUAUUUUGAUAUUCAUUAAAUCUAGUUUUAUCGAGAUUUUACUAAAAAACUAUAUUUUUAAUUUAUUUUAUUAUGUAAAAUUGUAAAUAUUCUGUUUAUUGCCAUACGUGAUAAUAUAUAGAAAAAAUAAUAUUUAAAUUAAUUAAUGUAUUAUUAUUGCUAUUAUAAAAUUGUUUAAAUUAUUUAAAAAAUAAUGAUGCGUGGUGCGACUUUAACCUUUAGGUAUUUACCUAAUAUGUGCGUGUAAUCAAAUGCUUUUUGCAAAAAUAAACGAAAAUUGUUUCGUAUAUAAUA